AUGCCUGGGGACACAUCUGAUAGCAGUGAUGACUCUGAUGCAAAGACGCCUAGAAGUGUUCGCACUGUCAAACAUGAGAUCACCAAUGCCAACCUCACUGGUCAUACUGAAAAGGUUGGCAUGGAGAACUUUGAGCUUCUCAAAGUUUUGGGUACCGGAGCUUAUGGAAAGGUGUUUUUGGUCAGGAAGAAUAGUGGUCAUGAUGAAGGCCAGCUAUAUGCUAUGAAGGUGCUGAAGAAAGCCGCUAUUGUUCAAAAAGCAAAGACAACAGAGCAUACUCGUACUGAGAGGCAGGUCCUGGAGCACAUCCGCCAGUCUCCCUUUCUGGUCACCCUCCACUAUGCCUUCCAGACGCAGAGCAAACUGCAUCUCAUCCUGGACUAUGUGAGCGGAGGGGAGAUGUUCACUCAUUUGUACCAACGAGAUCACUUUCCAGAGGAGGCUGUGCGGAUUUACAUCGGGGAAAUAGUCCUGGCAUUGGAGCACCUGCAUAAGCUUGGGAUUGUUUACCGAGACAUCAAAUUGGAAAACAUCCUGCUAGAUAGCGAAGGACAUGUGGUAUUGACAGACUUCGGACUCAGCAAGGAAUUCCUGAAAGAAGAGAGAGAAAGGACGUACUCUUUUUGUGGCACCAUUGAGUAUAUGGCUCCUGAAAUCAUCAGGGGGAAGUCGGGUCAUGGAAAGUCUGUAGAUUGGUGGAGUCUUGGGAUCCUGAUGUUUGAGUUGCUGACAGGAGCAUCUCCUUUUACCCUGGAGGGAGAGAGGAACUCCCAGAGUGAGGUGUCAAAACGUAUUCUACGCUGUGAGCCCCCAUUCCCUUCCAUGAUCGGAUCCACAGCCCAGGACCUGCUGAAGAAGUUGCUGGUGAAGGAUCCCCACAAGAGGUUGGGCUCUGGGCCACGACGGGCAGAAGACAUCAAGGCACAUCCCUUCUUCAAGGGUCUGAACUGGGCUGACCUUGCAGAAAAGAAGGUUCCGAGCCCAUUUAGACCUGAGCUUAAGAAUGAACUUGAUGUGGGAAACUUUGCUGAGGAAUUCACCGGUAUGGAUCCUGUUUACUCUCCAGCCAGCACGCCCCCAAGCACGGACCGCCUGUUCCAGGGCUACUCAUUCAUUGCACCCUCCAUCCUGUUUAACAAGAAUGCAGUCAUGGGAGACUUCCUAGAUUCGCACGUCGGCACUGAUCGACCGGGUUCAGCCACUGUCCAGCGCAGCGCCAUGUUACAGGAAUCCCAGUUUUUCCAGACCUAUGAGCUGUGUCUCCAGGGGCCACCACUAGGCGAAGGGAGCUUCUCUGUGUGCAGGAAAUGCCGACAUAGACAGAGUGGCCUUGAAUAUGCUGUCAAGAUCGUCAGCCGCAGAAUGGAAGGGUACACGCAGAGGGAAAUUGCAGCUUUGAGGCAGUGUGAGGCCCACCCCAAUAUUGUCAAGCUGCAAGAAGUCUACACUGACCAGUACCACACCUAUUUGGUGAUGGAGCUUCUGCAAGGUGGGGAGCUGUUAGAAAGGAUCAAGCGGAAGAAGCUCUUCGGGGAGGCGGAGGCCAGCCAGCUGUUGCGGAAUCUGGUAUCUGCUGUCAGCUUUAUGCACGAGGCUGGGGUGGUGCACAGAGACCUCAAACCAGAGAACGUGCUGUUUGCAGAUGAGAGCGAAGACUCGGUGCUGAAAGUGAUAGAUUUUGGGUUUGCCCGUCUGUGUCCUGCGGGCAGUGCCCCCUUACAGACACCAUGCUUCACGCUGCAGUAUGCUGCGCCUGAGCUCUUUGAUAGUGCAGGAUAUGACAAGGCCUGUGACCUCUGGAGUCUCGGGGUUAUCUUGUACACCAUGCUGUCAGGCCAGGUGCCGUUUCAGUGUGAACAGCGUGAGAUGACCUCAUCUCAUGCAGCUGAUAUCAUGCAAAAGAUAAAAGAAGGAGAUUUCUCAUUGGCUGGGGAGGCCUGGAAGGGGGUGUCAGAGGAGGCCAAAGAGCUUGUGAAAGGCUUGCUGACAGUGGAUCCAGAGAGGCGUCUCAAACUGUCUGAUCUGAAGGAGAACAGCUGGCUGCAGGGCGGUGCAUCCAUGUCUACCACUCCGCUAUGCACUCCAGAUGUGCUUGAGUCCAGCGGGCCUACUGUCCGCACCUAUGUCAACGCCACCUACAAGGCUUUCAACCGGGGGAAGAGGGAGGGCGUCUUCCUGAAGAGUGUCGACAAUGCCCCCCUUGCAAAGCGACGAAAGCUCAAGAUGACAAGUACAGGCGUUGAGACACGAUGGAGCUCCUCCUCUUCCUCCUCAUCUUCAUCAACUUCCUCAUCUGCAUCUACAAAAAAAUCCAAAGCACAGCCAAGCCAAACUGUGAGUCCAAAGCAGAGCUAGCAUACAAUGGUGAGGAGCAGAGAGAGGGGAAAUAGAGGAAGUAUACUGGGCGCCGUUGUCCUCUGUAAAUGAUUUGGCUUUUGGGUUCCAUCAGUUUAGUUAUGAACAAACCAAAAGACUGGUUGAGUAUUUACUUCCUGCCAGGAAGCUAUUGUGGCAUAUCAAUGCAAAUCUAUUUUUUUCUUAUACUCUCCCCAAGACCUAAAACAUAUUUUUCUGAAGUGAAAGGAACACAAUCACAAUGAAAUCUAGAUUUAUAUCUAUAUAAAGACGUAUUAAGAGUUUGUGGCCUUAAGAAUAUUCAAGUAUUUAGUUACUAGAAUUUGGUGAUGUUACACACGAUAAGUAAAGAAACACAAAAACGAAAACAUAUUUACAUAUUCUCACUUUUGGAUAUGGACGGUGCCUGACCAUAUAGGGAUAAAGGGAAAAUGGAGCCAUGAGUGAGUAGAAGCCAUAAACACAGCAGAACAGUGACUUUAACUGCUGAGCCCUCAUGAAUACUCAUAAAUAUGCAUAUAACAAAUGGACGUCCUGUCCUGGAUUUUGAGGACUUAUCCCAUGAUUAUUCUAUUCAGUCAUGUUUGACUUUGUGGCAGUAAGACAAAUUACAAGUCAGUGGGCAAAGUUAUAGUCAUCUGCAUGUGCUAUGAUUAGAAUCUAUGUUGCAUUAAGAUUGCAGUUAUUUUGUGACAGUUGAGGUGUCUGAUACUUGGAUAUUUUUUUUCUAUAGAGGAGUCAUGAGUUUAUUUUGUGUAAAUUUUGGUGAAAACUGGUUGUUUGCACAAUUUCCCUAUAAUGUUGAUAUAUUGUCGAAUCUCGAUCAUCAGAGUUGAAAAUAGCAAAUUUUUGGAAUGACUGCGGAGAGGGAAUUGCUUGGGAUGUUAUAAUUUUGUACAUUGGAUAGAGUGAAUGACACUAUAAUGGGGACAUUUUUCAGUUAAUUUCUUCAACCAACUUUGACGGCAAGUAAUGAUCUUCAAUACAAGCAUCAUAGUCUUUGGAAAUCUAGUUAUUCCUGUGAUAAAGUAUGUACUGUAGGCCCAGUGAAAUCUUCUGUAGACCACAGUUCACUCAUGACUUUGAUUAAAAACAAAAUACUGACAGAAUUUGAACAGUGUGCAAACACUGCUGUCCAACUGCACAAUUGCGGCACUUGUUCAUACAGUGUAUUUACGCAUGCUGUGUACAUACAUCUACACAUCCAUUGGGAGAAACGUUCCAUCACUCAUCUAAGUGACCGCUUCAGUCUAAACUGACUGCAGGU